AUGAUUGCCGGAAGAUUUGCAUCUCGUUAUACUGGUCUUAGACAUAGCACGCGCUUACUCAGCACAACCAGCCGUGUGUUCCAACAAUCCCCAACACAGACACCUUUAACUAAGAAGAACAGCAGCAAAGUCAAUAAUACUUCUUCUUCGCCUUACAAUCCACAAGUGUUAUCAAAAGAACCAGGUUUCCCAGUCAACGUCGAAGCCAUUUAUCAUGAACCUUUGAGACACGAAAUCAAGCAUAAGUGCUUGGCCGCCGAGGUUUACUUUAAGUCAUAUGGUAUACAGAAUAUGGAUUUCUUUAUAGAUUUCGCCCUUAGAGCUGCUUACUAUUUAGGAAUUCCAAUCAGUGGACCAAAGCCUCUUCCUACCAAAACAGAAGAUUGGACAGUCAUUAGAGCUCCGUUCGUUAAAUCCAAGUCGAAGGAAAAUUUCGAAAGAAAAACCCACAAGAGAUUAAUUAAAGCCUGGGAUGCAAACCCAGAAGUCAUUGAUUUAUGGUUUGCUAUCUUGAAUAAGUACAGUAUGCCGGGCGUGGGUAUCAAGACCAACGUGUUUGUUCAGGAGUCAUUGAGUGCUUUGAAAGAAUUGGAAGGUGCUGCUUUUGACAUCGAUGACAAGAGCCCAUACUUGAAGAACCAACCAGAAAAUGCCGACCCGGUUGCCCAAAGAAUUAGCGAAAUAUUGAAUAGUUCGGAGUAUAAAAAAGGCUUGUAUGAGACUGUGGGAAAACCAGUGAGCUCAUCUUAA